CUAAGAGUUUAAGAAAAAUGAGCUCAACCCUUUGGAGAUUCAUUAUUAUACUUCUCAGUUUUUCCAUAAAGCAUUUCCCUCUGCUCCCCGCUGGCUGCCAGCGCUUAGUUACCAAGGGCAAGCUGACAGUAGAACCAGCUCCACCCUUCCUCAUUGGCUCAAACCUGACUGUGUACUACCGCACCAAAGAAUGUAAACGGGGUUUCACAAUAUCCCUGGAGCUGAAUGGUGAGACUGUGAAUUCUUUGAAGAAAGUAAAUUGCACCACGAUGAUGUUCAGGCUGUUCAAUGUCCGGAUGCCACAAUCUAAACUGAUCUGCGUGGAGCUGGAGCGUGUUGAUCUCAAGCCUCUAAUUGUUAAUGGACUGGACCUACAUGGCGGGCUCCCUCCAGAUAAACCUGAACAUAUUAUGUGUGAAAUGUCAAGGAGCUCAGAUUUCAUAGACUGCACAUGGGAGAGAGGACAGAAAACACACAUCCUUACUACCUACAACAUUUCAGUCAACAGAGAAAAUGGGACCCAGAUACUUUUAGAUCAGAUCCAGUAUGCUGAAGAAAUCACCAUACCCCGAGCAAUGAUUGAUGAAAACAAUAAAUACCAGUUGAUUAUCACUGCUUACAACCACUUUGGAGCAUCUCAAUCUGAUCCAUUCACCUUCUGUGUAAAGGAUAUAGUGAUACCAGAGACGCCAUGUAUCAUGCAGAUAGAGUUUGGGAAUAACUCCAUGGCAGCCAUAUUGCAAUGGAAAACCUCUGAAUCCUCAGAGCAUCUCAGAUCCGAUGUCAGGCUCCGCACAGAUAAUGCCGCCUGGGAAGUGGGAGAGGAAACAGAACUCAGUGAGGGUCGGAUACAAGUGGACGGACUGAGGCCUCUGACUGAAUAUGAGUUCCAGAUGAGAACAUGUGACACGUCCAGGUCAAACUCCACCAAAAGGUCCUUCUGCAGCAAAUGGAGCCCAUCUGUGGUGGGGAGAAGUCCUGGGAAAGGUCCAUCUCAGCAGUUGCGUGUGUGGAGGGUGUUAGGCAGCCUGGGUACCAAUGGGCUGCGGAUGGUGACUGUUUUGUGGCAGCCUCCAUCACCAGAUGAUUACACUGGUGCGGUGCAACAGUACAAGAUCUUUCUGGGUAAUGACCAGAAACAGGAAGUGACCGGUUGUGCAGCUUUGAGCCCAUGUUCAGUUCAGGUACCAGCAGAGGUCCAGGCAUUAAGCAUCAGUGCUGUCACCUUGUAUGGAAUGUCUCCACCGACUAAUGUGCCACUCAGACCCUCAGGUGAUGUCAUACCUGUUUUGAGACUGUUGGCCCCUGCAGCAAAUGGCAGUGCUGUGUUUGUCUCCUGGUCAUGGCCGGGGAAAAAACAGCGCUCAACAUCUGGAGGAGAACCACUGCACUAUGUGUUAGAAUGGACAAGUGUACCUGCGGCAGAGCUGCAGUGGCAACAAGUGGCUAAAGAUCAAAACAACACUUUAAUCACAGGCCUGACUUCAGGUGUGAGGUACAAUGUCUCUCUGUAUGCUGUGACCACUAGAGGUGUCAGUGCUCCAUCAUCCCGUCUGGUCUACUCCAAAGAACUGAAGCCAGUGUGUGGUCCAAAUAUGUCAGUACUGGUCCAUGAGGCCAGACGGAUCCAGAUCCAGUGGGACGAGCUGCCUGUAGACAAGCAGAAAGGCUUCAUCACAAACUACACAAUCUAUCUCCAGAUGCUGGACUUCAGCAACACACAACUCAGCAAGACGGUGUCUGUCUCUGGCCCCAGACAGAUGUGGCUGGACUGUCCUGAAGGAGCUCUGGCUCUGCAGCUGACUGCAUCCACCUCAGCAGGAGAAGGGCAGCGGGGGAACCGGAUAUGCUCUCAGCCGGAAACCCCUGCAGUAGGCCUGGUGAUUUGGACUGUUUUCAUCCUUACCCUCUUUAUAGCAAUCAUAGCAAACCUGAUGUGCUGGAGUUGUGUGAGGGAAAGGAUAAAACAGAAAUGUAUAUCAUGGAGACCUGCCUGGCUUAAUGAAACCUUACCAAAACCAGGAAACAGUAAUGCCAUCAGACUACUGGAGCUGUACGAAAGCGAACCGUCCUUCUCGUCCACCCACAGCGACCCUCCGCUGUCGCCCAUCAGUUUGAUCUCUCAGGAGGAGAGGGACGACGUGUACCCCACCAUCCAUGUCGACAUAUCCCAGGUUGGAUCACGACCCACAGAACCAACAGCAGAGACACCUUUGCUAAUGUCAGAUCCCGGAACAAUGCUUGUUGACAGCCAGCCGGAACAUGUCAGCUACAAACCCCAGAUUGCUACAUUGGCUCCACAAGGAGAAGAGGUGAAGGAGACAAAAGAAGAGCAAAGAGACGUACCAUCAUUCUGGGAGGAAGACAGAUGUGUGAGAUUUGGAGUAUUACUGGGAGACUUUCUGUCCAGUGUGGAGGUAGGUUUUACUGAUCCACCUCUGGGGCUGACUCUGAGCUCUGAUAGCAGUCUUUUGUGGCCUAAAACUCCCAAACCAACAACUGGAUUGAAUGGAGGCUUCUCUCUGGAGAGGAGGGCGACUGAGAACGAUGUAGAAGCAGACUCACUCACUCUGGAUUUAAAGCAGGGUGAAAUAAUGACUGCUGACACAGCCGACACUUGUUCAUCUCAGUAUACAGUUCAGACAACACUGAAAAGUGGUUAUUUCCCCCAAGCAGCUGCUGUGAGCACCACUGCACUCUGUGAUGCACAGAGGUAGCAGGGACGAUGGGAAUGGCACAAACAGGACAGAUUUUUAAGAAAGCAUUAUAUCCAACCACCACUUUACUGACCUCAGUGAAUAUGUGUAAUCAGUGAAAAUCAUGCUUCAGAUGAACUGUGAUUAUGAACAGCUCUGUUCAAAACUAAAUUAAGAAAUGUAUAAGAAAUGUUUAUGUUGAAUUUGACUGAAGUGUUUAAUAGUCACUAUAGUUAUGUUGGCACCACUUUCUAUAUAUACAUACUUUAUAAAGUAACUAAUGGUUUUGUUAAUGUAAAAAAUUAUGUAUUUCUGUGAGUUGCCAGGUUGUGAAAAAAAAUUCCUUUUGCAAGCAUAUAUAUCAUAUCCACCUGCAGCAAAACUGCACGCAAAACUUAACUGCAUAAGAAGAAGGUGAAGUAGUGAGAAUAUUUGGUGUGGGAAGUUAAUUAGUAUGAAUUUCAUUGAACAGUCGAAUAACACCAUGAAAAUAUGUAAUAAUAAUUCAUAAUUCUUGUUGAAAAAAGUGAUAA